AGAGAGAGAGAGAGAAAACAAAAAUUGAAGAGAUUACUUCACUAUUGUGGGUUUUGACUUUGAGGCAACGGCCACGUGCUGCCCUGCUCGAACCUUAUCGACCAUGGCCGCUACAGCUUCUAGCAUUUCGGUAAUCGCCUCACCGUUUCUUUCCCACCCGUUUCGGCCAUCGAUCACAAAGAUUCAAAUUACUUCAUCGCCACGCUUCUCCAAAAUGAGGUUUCAACCCUUGGUUCUUCCAAGACGGAGAACCCUCGUUCUUCGAUGCGCUCGAACCGAAUCCAAAGGGGUCUCAUUAGGCUUCAGAGCUCCAAAUUUUGAGCUUCCUGAGCCUCUAACAGGCAAAAUAUGGAAAUUAGAAGAUUUUGAACCCUAUCCUGCUUUACUGGUUAUGUUUUUAUGUAAUCAUUGCCCAUUUGUUAUACACUUGAAAAAGGAUAUUGUGAAACUUUCAAAUUUCUAUAUGAAGAAAGGGCUGGCUGUUGUAGCCAUAUCUUCAAACUCUGUAACUACACAUCCACAGGAUGGACCAGAGUUCAUGGCAGAAGAUGCAAAAGCAUUCAGUUAUCCAUUUCCAUAUUUAUAUGAUGAAUCGCAGGAGGUUGCAAGGGAUUUCGGUGCAGUUUGUACACCAGAGUUUUUCUUGUUCAAAAAGGAUGGGCGUAGGCCAUUUGAGUUGGUUUAUCAUGGUCAAUUUGAUGAUUCUCGACCGAGCAAUAACAAGCCUAUCACUGGGAGGGACUUAAGUUUGGCAUUAGAUUGUGUUCUCAGUGGCCAACCAGUAUCUUCAUUGCAGAAACCCAGUGUUGGAUGUAGCAUAAAGUGGCAUCCUUAGAUGACACUAUGAUCACUCUUCUCAUUUUUUGCUGCUUGAAGAUUAAAUCUCUGAGCAAAGGCAUUUGAUGCAGCACGCAGUCUGUUAGAGCCAAACCGAAAAGCAAUUUGAUUUUUUGAAUCAUUUGAUCCAUCCUACUCCUGUGAUGUUUUCUUUUCUUAUCUUUUUUUUUUUUCUCUCUUUUUAUAGAGAUUUUCCUUUCAUAUUGGCCAGGGCUAUAUCAACUAAAGAAAAAAAAAAAGGUUAUGGUUUUAUUAUUUCUCAUCCAUGUAUAUUUUAAAUUUAACUGAGUCAUAGUGUAAUGUCCACAUUUUACUUUUAUGAAAUAUGUAAGGAGUAAAUUUUAGUCUA